AUGUCGAAAUCAACAAGAGAGUUUCUGCUAGACCAGGCGAAGCAGGAUCCCGGGCUGCCUCGGGCGCUGCCAACGACGUCAUACUGGCAAGUUCCACCACACCCAACCCUCGCGGACAAGCAAUCUCCUCAGCUGCCGGUGAAUACCGAUGUCGCCGUUAUCGGAUCCGGCAUCACAGGAUGCAGCGUAGCCAAGCACAUUUUGGACAUUUCUUCGCAAUUAGCCGACGGCGCCGUGACGGUGACAGUCUUGGAGGCGCGCACACUGGUGAGCGGCGCCACGGGCCGCAACGGAGGGCUCCUGACCUCUUUUGUCCCGGAAGAGUUUGGUGAUUUGGUCGAGCACUAUGGCGCAGAAGAGGCUGUCAAGAUGGCACGCUUCGCAAAGCGGAACCUAGAAAGGGUGCACGAGCUGGCAAACUCGUCGCCGGAGCUCAGAGAAUGGAGCCAGGUGCGCCAGUUGCGAGAUGUCGUGUGCUUUAGCAGUGCUGAAGAUUUUGCGGCUGCAAAAGAGUCUUGGACUUUAUAUGAGGAGCAUGUGCCGGAGGGCAAGGGAAAAACGGAAUUCUUGACUGCCGAGGAGGCAGCACAGCUGUGUGAACAGUAUCGGUCCAGGUUGUCUAUCGAAACCAAGACACCAGUAGAGAACAUAACGUAUGAUGGCAGCGACGCAGCGUAUCCAUACAUCUUGCACACGCCGAGAGGUGAGAUCAAAGCUGCCAAGGUAAUUCAUGCGACAAACGGCCAUGCUGGUCACUUGCUGCCAUCUCUCCGCGGUUGCAUCUACCCACUUCGCGGGAGCAUGUCGGUGCAGAAAGCAACACCCGAGUUCGGCCAUGACGGCCACAAGUUGACAUGGAGCAUGGUCAACAAGCGAGUCUACGAGCCGGACACGAACGUCCUGGAAGCAGGCACGUACUACGCGCAUCAAAAUCCCAUCACGGGGGACGUUUUCAUUGGCGGGGAAAAGACCAGUGCGCGAGACUUUUUCGUCGCCGACGACACGGCGGUGAAUGCGCACUGCCAAGACAACUUUACCACGCUUCUGCCGCGCUACUUUAUCAAGGGCUGGAGUAAUGACAGCAGCAGAGAGCCGGGCCCCGAGAUCCGGGCUACAUGGACGGGCAUCAUGGGUUUCACGGGGGACCGCCUACCGCUGGUCGGACGGCUGCCUGCGAGCGCGACGCAGCGCGGCGGCGGCGGCGGCGACGACGACGACGACCGGUAUGGGGGGCAAUGGAUAGCGGCGGGCUUCAACGGCUACGGCAUGUCGCUGUGCUGGGCGUGCGGUGAGGCCGUGGCCAGAAUGGUGCUGGGGCAGGACGUGGAUGAUUUUCUUCCAGCGGCGUUGGCGGUGACACGGGAACGGAUCGAGCAGCCGGCACGUAGGGGGGCGUUGGAUGCGGUUCUUGAAAUGGUGGACGCGUGA